CUUUGAUGAUAAAUGGUUACACUCGUAUUGUAUUACACGUGUAGAGAGGAAGACAUGACAUUUUACUCUGAUCCAAAUUUUAUAUCAGAGCUAUCUUUAACUUGUCAUCAAGCAUAUAAAUCAUUAUCGAAAAAAUCUGAUAAACCCAUAGGAAUUCAGCAUAAAUUUGAGUGGACUGUACUUUCUGGCAUAAUUGCUUGUCAUAUCACAGAUACUGGAAAAUAUAGUUUAACAUGUAUUUCACUAGGAAGUGGAUUAAAAUGUCUUCCACAAAGUAAACUUAGUAAAUCAGGAGAUUUGAUUCAUGAUAGUCAUGCUGAAGUUUUGGCUAGGCGAGGAUUCGUGAAAUUUAUUAUGAAUGAACUGGAAUUGGCUUUAACAUCCGAAUCAAGAUAUUUUCGGAUUAAUGAACAUUUUAACUCUGAAACGGAGAUCCGGGAUCAAAUUGAGAAUAAACCAUUUUUAUUAAAGGAUAAUAGAUUGAGUUUUCAUAUGUAUAUCAGUCAAGCUCCUUGUGGUGAUGCGUCAACAACAAGUUUAGCUUCAAUUCAACCAGCCGAGCUACAUGUAAAUUCUUAUGAUCAUCUUUCAAGCCAAGACUCUCAAAGUGAAGAUCGUGAAGAUGGCAGAAAUCUGAAUACAUAUGAUAAAGUUUAUGUUGCAAAAGAAAAGGAAGGGUUUAGAAGAGGGAGAUUAGAUUAUAAUUCUUUGGGAGUCUUAAGAACAAAACCAGGAAGAGUUGAUUCAGAACCAACGUUGUCGAUGUCAUGCAGUGAUAAAAUAGCGCUAUGGAACGUCGUUGGUUUACAAUCUGCUUUAUUAUCUGAAUUUAUCUCUCCGAUCUAUCUAUCUUCUAUCAUCGUGGGUGAUAUGUUUUCACAAGAUUCUUUGAUCCGUGCUUUAUAUGGACGUAUCGGGAAUUUGAAUGAUCUUCCACAUGAAUAUUCUUUAUGUAAACCUGUCAUUGUUAAUACAAACAAACAAUUUGAAAGAUCAAAAUUUUAUUUGUCAUCGUACUUUCCCAACGAGAAUUUGAUCCCAUCAAGUACAGCUGUAGUAUGGUUUAAAGGAGCAAAUUCUCCAGAAAUUCUUGUAGCCGGAAGGAAACAAGGCACGGUUAAAUCGAAGAAAACUGGAGAAUAUUCAUAUAAAACUCGAUGUUCGGUUACAAAAGUUUGCUUAUUUCAGAAAGUUGAUUCAUUAUUAAAACGAAUGCCUUCAAAUUUGGUGCCUUUUAAUUUAAGAAAUUUUGUCGAGCCACAAAAUAACAAGACUUAUAGAACUUAUAAGUUAGCAAGUAAAGAUUAUCAAACUGCUAAAAGAAUGCUUUUAGAACAAAAAUUUAAUCAAUGGAUUAAAUGCCCUAGCCAAAUGUACGAAUGUUUUAAUUUAAGAGAGUAAAGUAUAAUUACAGAUAGAUUAUUCAUUGCCAGGUGAAGAUGGAAAAAAAUCAGAUGUGUGAUAAAUAUUAAGAGGUUUCAUUGGCGGAAGCCUCAGAUCUUCAGAGUCGAUCGAUUUGGCCGUAUUC